GUGACAGUGAGUACUGGUGUUAAGACAGACAGUGUGUGGGAGUCCUCUUCUUCAUCGUAAGCAAACUCCUUCCCCCAUCAUCCGCAACUACAACAAAAAUCAAACCCUCCCUUCAAGAGAUGCUUCGUCUUCAUCGCCUGUCACCUCACUCCCUCCUCCCCUCCCUUCAUCUUCUUCGCCUCUCCCUCCUCGUCCUCCUCACAGGGGCGGUGGUAGCUACAGUUGGGAAUGAAGGGUUCUGCUCGGUCCCCGCGUCCGUAUACGCUUCCAGCUCUCGAUCUCUCUACGGGAAGGUCACGAACCCCACGCUCUCCCCAAUUCACCUCCAAGAUUUACCUGGUUUCACAAGAAGUGUAUAUAAAAGGGACCAUGCUGUAAUAACACCAGAAAGCCAAGUAUUCAGCCCUCUGCCAGAUUGGGUUGACACACUGGGAGCCUAUUUGAUCAGCCCAGCCAUGGGCGCACACUUCACAAUGUACUUGGCAAAGAUGCAAGAGGAUUCCACGUCAGGAUCACCACCAAAAGAUGUUGAAAGGUUUUUAUUCGUUCUAGAAGGUAGUAUUCUACUGUCAAAUAACUCUGGAACCAUCUAUGAACUUCCUGUUGACUCGUAUGCAUAUAUCCCUGCCAAUGUUGAGCAUUCAUUCAAGUGCAAGAUAUCAGCUACUCUUGUCAUCUUUGAAAGGAGAUAUGUCAGCAUAGAAGAUCAAUAUCCUGAGCAAAUCAUCGGCUCAACAGAUAAACAACCACUUCUUGAAACUCCAGGCGAGGUGUUUGAACUGAGGAAGCUGCUGCCUACUUCAGCCCCAUAUGAUUUCAAUAUUCAUAUUAUGGACUUCCAACCUGGGGAAUAUCUGAAUGUGAAGGAGGUUCAUUACAAUCAACAUGGUCUUUUGCUUCUAGAAGGGCAAGGAAUAUACCGUUUGGGUGAUAGCUGGUAUCCAGUUCAAGCAGGCGAUACAAUCUGGAUGGCACCAUUUGUGCCUCAAUGGUAUGCUGCACUAGGGAAGACGCGGUCGAGGUACUUGCUGUACAAGGAUGUGAACAGGAAUCCAUUGUAACCCCAUUUAAGUACCACCAUAAACCAGGAAAAAAUUGUAAUGUUAUUCAUCUGUUUAUCGCAAGUAAAUAUUUUAGGAAGAGAUCUUUGUUUCUCUUCUUAAUGUUGGGCCUCUUCUAUUUGCUGAAUUGUGGACAAUCAUUACGAACUGCCCAUGGACUGAUAACUGUAAAUCUAUCGUAAGGGAUAAAGAAAGGUACUCGAUAGCAAUUUACCUUUCAAUAGUGGUUAUAUUUGAUAACAACUCCAACUACUCAGAUUACGAUUAAUCGUCAGUUACUUUUUCCA